AUGCCCCCAUACGGAUCACUGCAUUCACCCUCGCUGAAGAAGAACAAUAUGCUGGAAGCACGAAGAGGAGGUCGAGUCGACUUCGGCUACAUUGUUGGAGACCCUUUCGCGUUGGCCACAAUCUCAAUUGCACUGCUAGCUUGGUUGAUUGCAUUCGUUUCCUCAAUCAUUGCCGAUAUCCAGGAUCCCUUUCCCAAAUAUGCCUGGUGGACUGUUGCCUACAUGCUCUGCUGCAUUAUCGGCAUCACCAUUGUGUUCGCGACAAACUCGACCCAGACCUACAGCAUUGCGAUUGUUGGAUACCUCGCUGCUGGGUUGGUUAUGACAACGUCUGCGGUCAACUCCCUUGUUUAUCAACCAGAGGGCGCCAUGGAGGCUGCAGCGGCAGGCCACAUCUUGCUCUCCAUAGUUGCGAUUGUUUGGAUCUUCUAUUUUGGCUCGACUCCGGCAGCGGCCCACCGCGAAUUCAUCGACCAAUUCGCUCUGCACAAAGAAGCGCGCCAGUCAUUCCGCGGUGCGCCGCAGAAUAUGACCAAUGUCUACGAUCGCCCGCAAACCACUCCGUCUACUCAACCGCCUCAGAUGUACACCUCUGCCCAGUUGAGCGGCUUUGAGACAUCCUCUCCUGUUUCAGGCUACCCUGGCGGGCCUGCAGGAGCGGCGGGUCGGACCUCCUCACAACCCAUUCCAAACACGAGCAGCACAACCGUACCACCACCGGAAGUCGCCCCACCUACCGAAUAUCCCUACCGCGCCAAAGCCAUUUACAGCUACGAGGCCAAUCCGGAUGACGCGAAUGAGAUCAGCUUCAGCAAACAUGAAGUUCUCGAAGUGUCUGAUGUAAGCGGCCGCUGGUGGCAGGCCAAGAAAGAAAACGGUGAAACAGGGAUUGCGCCCAGCAAUUAUCUGAUCCUGUUAUGA